CUUCGACGACGAAAAAUAAGCUUAAUGGAUCAGUUUUGGAAUUUCUGGGCUUUAUUACUGUGUAUAAGGUUACCAUUUUCAUCACCCUCAUAUCGACAAGUAUUGCAACCGAAGUUUGGGAUCUUGGUUGUUACUCAGAUAACAGAGGCAACCGGGAGUUCAAYGUAUCGGCUGGAAACUACAAAACCAGCGACUCCACACCACAACAAUGCACUUCGGCCUGUGCGCAUGGCAACCUAUACAAGUACGCUGCGACCGAGGGCUCACGCUGCUUCUGCAGCAACUCAAUGAUUAGUGUUACUAAGGUGAAUGAUGACAAAUGUACUAGUGUAUGUACUAGUGGUAUAUGCGAUGGCAAUGUUUACAUCAGGGUCUUUAAUACUAACCUAUCAAUCGCUGAGCUAACUGUGGAGGCACCGSCAUUUGGAUUUCUACUGGAGGACGUUACCCUCACUGCGUCUGUUGCUAAAGGCAAAGUCAAUUCAUCAUACGUCUUCGAUUAUGGAGAUAAAUCGUACGCUCUCUCGACUUGUUGCAAUACCACCCACAAGUACACACAAACYGGCUCCUUCCAKGUKCGAGUUUCAGCCAAAAACAGUCAAUCGGGYCCCAUUCAUUCAUCCAAAUGGAUUCAUAUUGAAAGCAAACUGGGUUUAGUCAGCAUAAAAUGUCCAACCAUGAUAAUACCAUCAGGGAAGAAYACAACUGUCAUGGCGACCACUUCRCAAGGAAGUCGCUUGCGAGGAAAGUUUAUUACAACCCAAGAGCCGACGUCGAGCUUCUUUAACGCGUCAGACGCAUUGAUGGCAGAAAUUGGAUCCAAAGCAUCAUUCGGGAACAUCAGUGGCUCUCCCCAGUCCGACGGUGCUUACAUCAAACCCACGGCCAUGUUUACACAAGCAGGGCGUAUAAAGGCCUGGGAACUGUACUCCUCAAAAGUUGGUCCAAUCCGACUACAGGUUUAUCGUCCUGUUUGCGAGUCACUCCAAGUCUUCUGCCCAUCCACGCGAACAUGCAUCGCUAGUAACAGUACAUGUCAGUCAGCUAUGCAGUUUAAGUGCCCCAGCAAUGGUAGCGUAUGCAUGUACACUGGCAAGUGUUUUCAGGGUUGCUCCAUAAACGAAGCAGCAUAUUCAAAGUCCGCGCUGCCGCUAGUCAACUAUYAACUUAUAUCAGAUGCCAUCGUCAACGUGUCAAAAGUUGGUCACAACCUAUUCACACUGACACCAUCCCAGUCAGUUGGAGUAGAGGCAGGUGACGUCAUUGGCUGGUCUGCCAAUAGCAGUGCAGGAGAUCUUGCUUUUGAAAARUCCGCUGACCCGGAAUACUUCUAUCCACACUCAAGCUUUGACAUCACCGCUGGCUCAACGCUUAAAAACGUUUCACCGGCCACUCGUUUUGAUAUAAGUCACGUGGUCAAAGCGCACUUAAGUCAGUCUUCGUGUGCUUCAAAAGACUUUGUGUUUGAUAAAGGAGAUGUUUACCGGGUUUCGAUUGAGAUUGAGAAUAUACUGCCUACUCAUAGCAAUAAGAAGAUYGAUAGUUGRAUGGUGUACGUACAGGUAGGUUCCUUGUCGUAUCUUGUGGUACCUUUGACUCUCAAAGCUUACUUAGCCAUCUCUUCCUUUAUUCCCCUUCCUUACGGUACUUGA